UUUGGGACACGUGAAGCCGUGUAAAUAAAUACUGCCGCGCAGAGAAAAAGACUCGUCGAAAAUUGGCAAGAGGAAGCAGUAGAAUUUAGUCCUUGCGGACAGACUUUGCAAAAAUGAUUAAAAUAACUCUUCAGAAGUCACCAUGGUCGCUAUUUCGUGGUGCUGUUCUUCGUGUUGGAAUAUUCAAGCUGAAACCCGUUGGCGAGAGCUCUAUGUGUGCGUUGGAAGGACAGUUUCUGAGAUGCAUGACAACAACAUCAAGUGAAAAGAAAACUGCGGAAUAUGCGCCACAUUUCAAAGACAGCCAUCCAAGUCAACAUGCUUCUCUCAAGAAAGCUGCCAUGGAUAUGGAUGAAUAUAAACCCAAUGAAAAACCAUACUCUUUGCCACAUCCAGUUUGGACAGAAAAAGAAGUACAUGAAGUAGAAGUUGACCAUUACACACCUAGUGGAUUUGUUGAUUGGAUGGCCUAUGGUUGUGUUCAGACAAUGAGGACUUGUUUUGACCUUAUCUCUCUUUACAAGAUUGGAGUAAUGGAUGAAUCUAAGUGGUUAACGAGAAUUAUCCUCCUUGAAACCGUGGCUGGAGUGCCAGGUAUGGUUGCUGCUAUGUCGAGGCACUUUCAUUCCCUGAGAAGAAUGGUACGGGACAAUGGCUGGAUUCAUACUCUGCUAGAGGAAGCAGAAAAUGAGCGUAUGCAUCUUAUGACUGCACUAGAGCUAAAGCAGCCUGGGCUUCUCUUCAGGGGUUCUGUACUUAUACUUCAAGGCAUUUUCGUGAAUAUGUUUUUCUUGGCUUAUUUGGUCAGCCCGAGAUUUUGCCAUCGCUUUGUUGGUUAUCUAGAAGAAGAAGCUGUCAAAACCUACACAUACUGUCUAGAGUGUAUUGAUAAUGGAAAGUUGCCCAUGUGGCAGAGACUUGCAGCUCCUGAGAUCGCCAAAAAUUACUGGAGGCUGCAGGACGAUGCAAUGAUGCGUGACGUCAUACUAGCUAUCAGGGCUGACGAAGCACACCACCGAUUCGUAAAUCACACUUUGGGAUCUCUUGAUAAAGAUAAGGCCAAUCCUUUUGGCCCUGGUCAAUAAAGCAUAAACUCGCGAUUCACAAGUGGUAAGAAAUCUAUGACCACAAUUUCAUUGAUAGAUCACCACAAUUUAUCGAAUUAAGCCUGUCUUAAUUACGUUCCUUUUAUGCCCUUGGUUAUAAUACUACUUGGUGUUUUUCACUCAUAUCCGUAUCUUAACACAAUGGAAGGGAAGUGUUAACACCGGAAUUCGUAGUUUCAGAGACUCCCCGAGGUUAAAAAUCUUAUGGAUUAUGCUUUGUUUUUCUGUAGAAUUAUCUAUCUACAGCACUAAUAACUGUAUUUAAUUUAGCUGCUAGUAUAUAUUUAACUGGUGGGUUAAAAAUAUUUUAUAGAUUUUUUAAGUAAAAUUUGAUUUCAUGUAAGCUAUUUUUAAAUGUGUUUAGACCCUUUUUUGUAAUUAGUAGCACAGAAUAGAGAUAGUAGUGUCCAUCAUAUACAUAUCUUGAAAAAUUAACAUCCUAGGCAGAAUAAAUUUUUACUUCCUAGAACCAGGUUUUUAUGCAUUAAGAACUUCUCAGAAAACAAUGUCUCAUGACAGUGUUAAAAUCAAAGAUGGCGCUUACAAACUAAAAUUUUUAACUUUGUGAAAAUCUAAUUGAACGGUUAAGACUUCAUUUUUCACCUUUUUUCGAUCUACACCUGGAUAGGAAUUUUCUGCUUACCUUUUGACAUUUUCCAACGUUUAUUCUCUGAGGAGUUUCGGAUCAAAGGUAGAUUAGUAUUUGAUGUUUCCGUUUUUCGUUUAUCUUCAAGUUUUCCCAUUGUUUCCCUA